UCCGGACGUAUUUCGGAGUGGCGCAUCAUGUGUUUAAUAACCGGGCACUUGCUCAAUGUGAGAGGACGGGAACAUGUCAGCAGCAGGACGGUGUGUGUUUAGUGGUUUAUUACGCUACCACUCUUUAAGUCCUGGACAAAUCAAGCCUGCCAUUUUGAGGCCAUGCAUUGCACGAUCGUUGUCUAUCAGUUCACAGCUCUACGACAAGCCCGGUCGAUCUCCAGGCUCAACCGAUGGCGAGGAGACCCUCUCUCAACCCAUCAAGUUCUCCACGAGUAAAGCCAGCCACCGGACGUGGAAGGUGGAGCGCUCAAUGGGCAGCAGGUUCCAACGGCCGUGGUGGAAGGUCCUGCCAAUCAGCGUCUUCACCAUCGGCUUCCUCCUGUGGUGCAUCUUUCGCCAGGAGACCGACAUCGACCGUGCUCUGGAAAAGCACCUGUUUGAACAUUUACCUGGGUUACUGACCAACAUGGAGGAGGAGGAGGAGGAGACUGAGGAGAGGGAGGAACUCAAAAAGGAACCUGAUGAUGGUUCAAAAUGAACAUGAAUUAUUAUUUGGACCUUUCUUAUAUUAUGAUUGUGAUUGCUGAGACAUCUUAGUCAUGAGAUUGUGGAAAUAAAUACAGGUCUGUUCUGAUAAGCUCAAAGCCAAGUCAUGUGGUAGCGCCAUACUCGGGUAGGAGGCGUGGCCUGAAGUCUUGAAGGUGUACCUGUAUGUUAGAAAUAACUCUGAUAAGAAUAAUUCCAAUUUGAUUUGAAUUAUUAAUGCACUUGUUCUAAAAUAUUAUCAUGUUUGUGGUAACAAAUCAUUUAUUUGUUUUAACAGAUUUUAUUUGGAAAAAGUGACACAAGAAAAAGUAUAAUCAUUGCUAUGGUUUUCUGGUUAGGAGAUGUUUAAGAUUUAUGGAAGGAGUCCCCAGUGUCAAUGCUUUGUAACAGUAUCAUAAAUGUUCCACACAAUUAAAUGUAACUAUAAAUGGCUAAAAAGUACAAUGUGUUUGGUAAUUAAUGCACAUUUAAAAAU